AUGAUGAUGAUGGCCACAGCGACGAAGGGCAAACGCCCGCUCCGUCACCUUACGGCGACGGACAAAAUCGACGCGAUCCAGCGUAUCCACGACGGUGAAUCGAAGGCGUCGGUUGCGCGGGACAUCGGCGUACCGGAGUCGACGCUGCGCGGCUGGUGCAAGAACGAGGAGAAGCUACGCUACAUGUCACGCCAGUCGGUGGAAAAUGCGGAAAAGCUUAGCAACGAGGCAACGGCAGCCGCCCUAACAGCGGCCGCCGCUGCCGAGUUGUUCAGUGGACCGCCAGAAAAGCGACUAAAGCUCGAAUCGGCGAUGUUUGGCGGCAAUGGCAAGCUGAAGUACGACGACAGCUUCUACAAGGUAGCGGCCGCCGCCCGUGGCUCGCUUAACGGGCUCGAUCUGUCCGGUGGUGGUGGCGGCGCUGGCAGUGGAGUCGACAAAUCGGGCCCGCUCAGUGUGUCCGGUGGGGACAUUAUCAUGAACGGGUUGGCUGGCGCAUCGGCGGCUGACUUUAGUCAGUUCGCGAAGACGGCGGCCGAAAUUACAGCACUCAGCAAAUCGAAGGCGUACGGUGCGGAUCUCAGCAAACACCAUCACCACGGCGGCGAUCCAACCAAAUCGGACCACCACCUCUCGAUGGCGGCCAUCAGCCCGUUGACGAGUCUCAGCCACUUGUCCGGUAUGUCCGGACUGGGACAGAGUCCGCUUGCGCUUAGCUUCAACGAUAUCGCCACCAAUCUGAACCUGAUCGCACAGCUCAACAACAAUCACAACCUUGCGACCAUGUCCAGUUUGGCUGGUGGACUCAACACGGCGGCAGCUGCAGCAGCGGCCGCUCAAUCGCUGCGCAACGUACGCCCGAAAGGUUCCGGUAGUUCAGCGGCCAACAACAAUGGUGCCGGUGGUGGAAUAGGAAAUGGUCGGGGUAGCGGCCUGCAGGACAACGGUAACGGUGGAGGAGGCGGAGGAGGAGGAGCUGGUGGUGGUUCCGGCGCCGGAAACAAUACGGACAAGUCGUCGUCCGGUGGCAAUGCGACCGUUCCCUCGCUGACAGUUCGCAAUUUGGCCAAGCUACAACAGCAGAAAAGCUCGUCCGGCGAGCUCCUCGGUAACGGUAUGCUUCACCAACAGUCCCACGCUGCUGGCUUAUCUAAUCUGUCUGAGCAGUAUAGAAAAUCCAGUAACCAAUCUAGCAAUCCCGCCACUAGUACACCCACUACAACAACUACCAAUGCUUCCGUAGGUCGUGACUCGAAUGCCGCCCCCGUCGACGAUGCGCUCUGGUACUGGCUCAAGUCUCAGCAGGCGAUGCUCGGUCUGAACAAUCUGUACACGGCGUUACCCCGCGCAGCCAGCCACAGUCCACCGACGCCACCGCCUCCGAUGGGACUCACAGCAGUGACGGUCGGUGCGGGAUCCCCAAACCACGCGCAGACGACACUGCCACCGACGGCUCAUACACCGCAUACACCGCCACCACCGCUAGUGGGUCCACCGCUCGUCAGCACACCCCAACCGACGCCACCAUCGUCGGCACCGUCGCUUACACCCGAGGAUACGAAGAACUCGUCCUGGUUCUGGCAGUGGUACAAAACUUUCGGCGCAUCGCUAAUGCCGGGCGGUGGUACAGCUGGAGGGGCCGGCAACACAGCGGUUGACAGCAAGCAACACCUGCGGGAACAGCAGCAGCAGCAAGCCGCCCAACAGGCAGCAAUUGCCGCUGCACUGCAUCACCACAACAACAACAACUCGUUCAGCCAGCAGAACCAGAAUAACAGCGUCUCCGGCCAGAAGGGCAACGGUGGGGCGGCGGCAACGGCUGCUUCCCUGACGGCGGCCUACGAGAACAUCUUGUACUCGCAGUUGACCAAGGGUUCAUCGGCAAACGCAGUCGACACGCUCAACAACAAUCAUCAUCACCAUCUCAAUCAUCAUCUCUCUGCUCAUGUGAAGAAUGAACCGAUGGAUCUCAAUAUGAGCGGUGUGAACGAUGGCGAUUCGAAGCCGGAGGAUCUGUCGAACCAUCACGGUGGUAAUGGAAAGGAUCGGAGCAGUGUUAUUGGAAAUGGUGAUAUGCGACGAUCACGAUACCACCACAACUCUCCCAGUCGACCUUCGUCGGCCUCAUCGGUGGCGUCUUCUGCGAUGAGUGCACAUGGAUCGCGGGACGGAGGCGAACGCUUGAUGCCACCGACGCUGGCACGUGCUUCCGAAGACCGCGAAGAGGACGAAGCAGCCGCUCUCGAUGAUGGUGAGGAGCGAGAUUUAAAACCAUCCAUUGCCAUAGUGGAAGCCACAUCCACCGAUGGAGUGGUCGCGAGUGAUCUCAAAGACGAGGUCGAUGACGAGGAGGAAGACAGGGAGGAUCGUAACGAUAAUGGUCAGCGUGGUACUGAGGAUGAGGAGGCUGUUGCUCUGGAGGAUCCGGAACAGCUGUCGGAGAAGGAGAGAAAACGUCAAGGUUUGAAACGACGCAGGUGUUCUUCGGCGGACCUCGUCGAGGCAAAGGAAGCGCUCGAUAAUAUUCUGUUCAGCGGCAACAGUAACGACCGGUGCUCCACUGUCAGCAGUGCAGCCGCAUCUCCACCACCACCACUGGCCGUUCGGGGACAUUCAACCAGCCCGGUGGUCGGUGCAACGCUCGGUGGUGAACGCAACGGAGAUGCGGAAGCCAAGGGCGAUACGACGGGAGACGAGGCCAAGAGUGAAACAUCGGACGACUCGAACCACCACCAUCGUCAAUCGAAGGCGGCGUCCGUAGCCGUAGCAGACAUCCGCAAUUCCGCCGAGGCAGUGGAACACGGUGAAAAGUUCCUAAAGUGGCUCGAAGCCUGCAGCGACCCGAACGUGACCGCAAUGCAGGUGAUGCAGUUCAAGUACCUGCUCAACAGUAUCAAGCUGAGCGCCGAGCGGCAACUGCAAAGUGCCACGGCAGCAGCCAGUACAUUGACCGGCAACGGUCCCGAAGAACGCACCCGCAUCCGGAAGCGCAAGUAA